CCCAAUCCCAAACCGACUGAGGCAAGAGAGAAGGGUUUGAGGCCUACGCAGCCUCUCUCCAAAAAAAAACGCCUUCGAGGUCUGCUGGAAAGUCGAGAGGCUGCUAAAGCGGCCUCCUCAGGUGAUGCGGUGCGUUCAACCAAGGGCGAAGGGCAGAGCCAGCCAGGGCGUUCUCCAAACGCAGCCAUAGUUGUUUCUGCCUUCUCUCCUCCGAGGGAGCCCCUGCCCAGCGUCCUCGGUUUCGCCUUUUGCGAGAGACGGGCCCCUGCGGCCACCGUACAUCCUCGCCAACUGACUGCUCUCCAGGACGGAUUAAGAAGCAAAUUCAGAGCAGAGAAAAAUGAAGCUCCUCUUUUUGAUCGUCUUAAUGUACAUGUUUGAUCAAAACAAAGGGAAUCGACUGAGUAACAACCCAAGACCAUUUGAAGACAUUAAGAGGGAAAUAGGUGACUAUUCAGAAAUUGCCAAGAAGAUUAUCAAUCUUGCUGUUUAUGGAAAGGCCCAGAACAGAUCCUAUGAAAGACUGGCACUUUUUGUGGACACCAUUGGCCCAAGGCUGAGUGGCUCCAAAAGUCUAGAGCUGGCAAUCCAGUAUAUGUAUAAGGCCUUGAAGAAUGAUGGGCUGGAAAAUGUACACUUGGAGCAAGUAAAAAUACCCCAUUGGGAAAGAGGAGAGGAGUCAGCAGUAAUGGUGGAACCACGUAACCAUAGCCUUGCUAUUCUAGGGCUUGGUGGCAGUAUUGCAACUCCUCCAGAAGGCAUUACAGCCGAGGUCUUAGUGGUAACUUCUUUUGAUGAACUCCACCAAAGAGCUCAAGAAGCCCAGGGGAAGAUUGUUGUUUACAACCAGCGUUACGUUAACUAUGGAGAAACUGUGCUGUACAGAGGUCGUGGAGCCCUGGAAGCUGCUAAAGUGGGAGCAAAGGCAGCUCUGAUCAAAUCCAUUACUCCAUUCUCUAUUAAUAGCCCACACACUGGGAUUCAGUCAUAUGCAGUGGGUGUCCCAAAGAUUCCCGCCGCCUGUAUUUCACUGGAAGAUGCUGAGUUAAUAGCUCGAAUGUCUUCCCGAGGCUCCAAAGUUGUUGUGACUCUGAAGAUGGGAGCCAAAACCUAUCCUGAUGCUGAUUCCUUCAAUACAGUUGCAGAAAUAGUUGGCAGUAAAUACCCAGACCAGGUUGUUCUGGUGAGUGGACAUCUGGACAGCUGGGAUGUGGGCCAAGGAGCCAUGGAUGAUGGCGGUGGAGCAUUUAUAUCCUGGGAAGCAUUGUCGCUGAUUAAGGAUCUGGGUCUCCGUCCCAAGAGAACUCUGCGUUUAGUCCUUUGGACUGGAGAAGAACAAGGUGGAAUAGGCGCUGAACAAUACUACAAGCUGCAUAAAGUGAAUAUCUCCAACUUUGAUGUUGUUAUGGAGUCUGAUGAGGGAACGUUCAAGCCCUCUGGACUAGCCUUCACAGGCAGCGAUGAGGCACGUGGGAUCAUGAAGGAGAUCAUGAAGCUGCUGAAGCCUAUCAACAUCACACAACUCUUUGGAAAUGGGGAAGGAACAGAUAUCAGUUACUGGAUGAAGGCUGGAGUGCCAGGUGCCAGCUUGAAUGAUGACAUUACUAAAUACUUCUGGUUCCAUCAUUCCCAAGGAGACACCAUGACAGUUCAGAAUCCGAUGGAAAUGAAUCUCUGCGCUGCUGUAUGGACCGUUGUGUCCUAUGUCAUUGCAGACAUGGAGGAGAAGCUGCCAGUCUGAUUUUGAAAAAACAAAAUAAAGGAAAAGAAUUGAUUUUUUUUAGUCUCAAACUAGGGCUGUGUCUGACUUAACCAAUGUGGCAGAACCCUGCAUUUUCUGAAUUCUAGGCAUGUCCUUUUUAUUAUGAAGACCAACUUGUUGAUUAAAUACCUUCCACUUGAAGAGUUUAUAUUCUUCUAAUUAUAUUCAAUUUAAGGUGGUGUUCUGUCUGUAUUUUCCAGUUAAGAGCUAAUGGCCAAUAAAUGAACUUGCUUAUCUGCUAAA